AUGAAUCGAGAUAGUCUUGAAAAAAUUUGUAAUUAAGCCACAAAGUUUUGGAAAUAAUAAUUCAUUCCGUCACCUAAAUAAGAUUAAGACAUUUCAACUAAUGUUGGAUCAAAUAUCUUAGAAUAAGAAUCUAUUUUUGAAUUAUCUGCCAAAAAAACAGAAUAAUAUCUGUUUUUUGAUAUUGAAAGAUAAAACUAAAAAAAUGAAAAAAUUGAGUAAAUAUUUUCAGAAGACCUCAUUAAACAAUAAUAGUAAUUUGAAUAAGAAAACAAUUAUGAUGCAGAAAUAAGUUGUUCAUAGUGUUCAGAUUGCUCGAACAAAAGAAGAGAUAAAAAAAAAUAAAAACCAAGAUCUUUUAGAUCGAGUAAAUAUAUCAAGUAUAUCUAAGCAAAAUAACGGUUUACAAUAUCUGAAGAAGCUUUUAUUAUAGAAUAGUCAAGAAAAGGAACUAGUUUUACAGAUAUUGCAUCACAAAUUCCAGGUUCUACUGUUAAUCAAGUCAAACAUCAUCUAUUGAAAAAACUUAAAAUCUGUAGUAAAAAUACUAAUCUUUAAGGAGAUAGUAUUGCUGAAAUAAUCUUAAAAAUUUAAUAAUUAUAACAGUAUAUCACUAUUAAUAUUUUAGAAAUGAGAAUAUAGAUAAUGCUGUUAAAAUUUAAGAACUCAGAUAACAUAUAUCUUCAAUAGAAAAUCAUUUGCAUCAAACUAAGUAAAUGAUUCUAUAUAAGUAUAUGAUAUUAUUUCAAUAAUAAUGA